GCACCGGGCAAAGAUGGCGGAAGGCAUACUUCGUGUUGCAAGAGGCACUUUGAUUAUGUCAGCCAAACUACGGCACUGCUCCCGGUUGAAACCGAUUGGAAAUGAAGGGAAGGGCACGGUACGUUCAUUUUCAUUACCAAGCGUGGUUUUAUUCGUGGAUUAUAAACGUUUCAACACAUUUGAAGCCGGUGGCUUGGCAGUUUCGCAAGACUCUUUCACAACACCGGUUUGUGUUGGACGUGACGUCAUUUAUUUUAACCGGCGGGGUUUUCUCUGGCUUGGACGACGGGAGUAUCCUGUGACUUUCCCCGCGCCAAGGACACGCCGGGGCUGUGUGACGCUCACCAGGACUUACAGUGGUAAUGGCGGUCAAGGGGAGCCGCUUUAUAAAAGCAAAACGGGUUACUAUGACAUCCUGGAGGUGGCCCCCGGCGCCACGCAUGCGCAGAUUAAAACCGCCUACUAUAAGCAGUCCUUCGUCUACCACCCGGACAGAAACGCCGGUUGCGACUCGGCCACUGUUCGGUUCUCGGAAAUCAGCGAGGCCUACACCGUGCUGGGCAACAAGGCCCUGCGGAAGAAGUACGACCGCGGCCUGCUGAGCCAGCUCGAUUUGACAGGCUCUUCCAGACCCUCCGCUAAGGACACGAGUGGGAGCUCGACCCCGGCGCAGGGCGACAGGCGGCGGUCAGUGGUGGCUCCCGGCGGCGUGUACGACUUCGACAAGUUCUUCCGCUCUCACUACAGCGAGCAGCUGCAAAGGGAGAAAGACAACCGAAAGCGACAAAAGGACAUUCUGAAGCAGAGGCAGGAGACGAUGACUGAAAGGAACAUGGAGGGUUUUACCGAACUAGGCGUGGUCGCGAUGAUCGCGUUGGCGUGUUGUCUGUUUUCCACCUUCAAGUGACAUUUUGGGUAACCUGUCACAUUUACCUAAAAGACUUACUUCUAAAUGUCACUCCGCCAAGAUGUGUUCGAUUCUGUCUGCAGACUAACUCUGGGUUGAUGAAUGAUAAGGAUGGAUGUAGGGCUGGGCGAUAUUUUUAGGCCAUAUCGCGAUAUAUCUAUCCAUCCAUAUUACAAUAUUUUGCCUUGGCCUUGAAUGCACACUUGAUGCAUAUAAUCACAGCAGUAUGAUGACUAUAUGUGUAACCAGUGGUUCUUAACCUUGUUGGAGGUACCAAACCCCACCAGUUUCAUAAGCACAUUAACCGAAUCCUUCUUUAGUGAAAAAUAAGAUUAAAAAAAUUCAAAUUCAAGAUAAAGUUAUUUCUUUGGUAACACUUUAGUAUGGGGAACAUAUUCUAAGUAACAAAGACUUAAUUUAAAAGGGUUAGGGCCAGGGUUAGAGGGUUAGGGUUAUAAAAAGGUAAUGCCGAAUAAGGCAUUAAUAAGUACUUAAUGACUAGUUAAGAGCCAAUAUGUUACUAAUUUGCAUGUUAAUAAGCAACUGAUUAAUGGUGAAUAUGUUUCAGCAUACUUAAGUGUGACCAUGUUUUUUUACCGGUGCACAAAAUGAACCGUGCAUGAACAUCACCUUGUUCAAAGAACAAAACCAACACAGUGCAUAAACUCACAACAAAUGACACCUGCAAAUCAGUGUGACUUCUGCUGUUGCCGUAUGCGUAAUACGCCGAUGGGGAGAAGUUUUUAUUUAAAUGAUGAGUCGGGUGUGUUUUGACCUCCGCCGAACCCCUGAGGCCGACUCACCGAACCCCUAGGGUGCGAUCGAACCCAGGUUAAGAACCACUGGUGUAUACAUUUAAACAUUCUUCUUCAUACUGCAUUAAUAUAUGCUACUUUUAGACUUUCAUGCAGAGAGGGAAAUCACAACUAAGUCAAUUGACCAAAAGUGUAUUUAUUAAAGUUAUUAAGCAAUGGCACAAACAUUCACGUCAUUUCCUAAACAUAAAUUGCAAGAUUGUCAGAGACAUUUUAAGUGUCAAAUAAAAAUGAGCUGCAUAAUAGGAAA